AUGUUUGAAAAGCCCUUACAACAGAAACAUAAAAAAAUUGUAGCAGAUGUAAAUAAUCUAGUUAACCAAAAAUAUAGUCUGUGCAUGUAAAUGUGAUGACAUUAUGCAGGGCAAGUUGUGAGCAAUUGUGAACAUUCACUAGCUUCCAAUCAAUUAAUGUUUCUUCGUGCAUUGUAAAUAUUUGCGUUUUAUAAAAUAGCCUUUGAAAAACACGGGCGCUAACUGGUCAAAAGCUCAAAAAACUCGUGUUUCUAUUUAACAAUUAUAGAAACACGGAAAAUGUUUUCUAUAAUUCUUAAAUAUUACCACGGAGUUGCAUGGCAGAGUAGUAAUUGUUUUGAAAGACUGUCCUGUUAAAUAAAUGUUUAGCAUGUCAUGUUUAUUUAUUUUUCAGAAAUGCAGAAAUUUGAAAAAACUUAGCUUGGAGUCCUGUUCAAUCCCACUUGGUAUUUUAAGGUAAGGUUUUGUGAAAAAUAUAGUUCUUUAACAAGUAUAGUUACAUUUAAAACGCGGACAACUUGCCAACGAGUUUGCUCUUUAUAUAUCGGUAAGUCGGAACACUAGAUAUUAGGUGGUGACUGUGCAAGUUACAUCACCGUCGCCAUGUUGGAUGACAUUGACAAAGGAUUUUGCUUGUUUGCAAUGCAAAUUUCAUCCAACAUAGCGAAAAUCUCUUUGUCCUUUGAAUCCCAUGGGAGUGGUUGCACAUCACCUGAAGAUACAACCUCGAGAUUAACGUCAACGGCAAACCAUGAAUUAUACUAGAUAUGAUGUUUUCAGUGAAAACUGUUUUAAUUAUAAGAGUUAUAGGCCUUAUUCAAGGCCUUAUUAGAAACGUAAAAUUAUGCUGCAGAAUUUAGACCGUUGCCAAAUUUUUAAACCUAGGCCACUCAUCGGCAGAACGUGAACGUUAAUUUCAAACGGCAGAACGUGAACGUCAAUUAAAUUUACUUGAUCCUGCUUUGUCGAGAUGAAGUGAGAGGAAGGAUGAUCAAUUUAGUUCAAUUUAUUACAUUUGCAAAAAAACUGAAAUAAUAUGAUAUACAACAUCAAAAUAAAUAUUGUUCGUAUAUUAUAUAAUACAAAUAUCAUGCUCGACACAUAUGAUGCAACAAAAUACAAAUGACAUGCAAGUACCAAGUGAAGCUUGCCUUGUCAUAUUUGUUUAAGAGAGCUAGCCUAGACUAUCCAGAAACGAAACUAGUCUCUAUUUGAAAAAUGAUGUAAUAAUUUCUGUGGAUGGGAAAAGUUAUCAUGUGGGAUCUCAACAAGGUGGUCUAGUCCGGCCCGAUACUAGAGGGGCCAGGAUUCUUGGAACUGACAAGAACUGAAUUAGAAUACAUGAAAAAUGGAAGGUGAAUAAUUUAUAUACGGUUGAUUGUUUCCGUUAUAUUGAAAUUAUUAAUUCAUGAAAUUGUCCUUCAGUAACACAAGUUCUUUGAUUUGAAGAGUCUACAUCACUAAACGUCACCGUAACUCCUAGCUCUUGAACAGUUUUAUGACCACGCCAACCAUAGUAUGACGGUGGACCUUUAAUCCUUGCACAUAUUGUCACUAUAUCAUCCUUCUCUAAAACAACGGGCGUCUUUAACAUCACAUCAAAACCUGGAAUGCCUUGAUCAUUACGCGUAGACAUAUACUUCCCCUGAACUUUAGCUCCACUUACUUCUAAACUUACUGCAUACUUGCUAUCCCAAUUGUUGCCAAAUAAUCGUACACCGUGAAACAUUGCGUCUUCACUCACAGAGAAACAUAGCUGAUCUAGUUCACCUCUAUUGUAUAACCAAGUGUGUCCUCCGAUACCAUAACAAGGAAAUCUUUCAAAUCUGACUCUUUUAUGAGUAGCGUUGAAAGUUCGUGUCCUUGUUGGGAGAUUCCACUUUAAAUCCGGUGAGUCGAUUCCAUCUAACGUUUGGUACAUCUGAUUCAACUCUUCAGUUGUCAGCAAACCAGCCACAUGAUUGUCAAUAUCCUCUUUACUCAUACUUAAUAAUCGUAAGCCAUAAAUUGCUUCGCCUAUAAUAAGUCUCCUGUUUUCGCCUGUUGGUUGUAAGUCUUUCUGUAAACAUUGACGUUCGCUCCAUUGUAGAACAGCUUGAAGCAAUUCAACUUCAGGGAUAUUAAGAUUAUUACGCUUGAGUAAACUUGUUAUUGUCCUUUGACUGAUGUUAUUAAAACACUCGGAGCUUGUCACUUCGCUUGUACGCCACUCUAUAACACGCCAACAUUUCUGUUCUAAUUCCCUCUCAUCAAACCAAACAGCUUGUUCCAAAAUUAUCAGGGCGUUUUCCGGAUCCAAACAUUUCUGUAAGAAGUUUAUACACUUCUCUGUAAGCGUAGCGAUAAGGUAUUUCUUUGAUAGAUACAUGACAGACACAACGUUGUUUGUUGUCAAAUAACACUCGUCUGUGUAGAGGAACCUCAAAAAUUCCUCUAGACUUUUCUCGUCUAUAUCUCCGAGAUGAAGAACUGAACUCUUCUCAGCCAUGUCGCCAUAAAACAUUGCAUGAAAUACAACACUACUUAUACCCAAGACAUAUUUAUGUGCAUAGAAUAUCUUGGCUGAACCUUCGCAAGUAAAGCUGAUGUCACUCAUGUCUGAAUUGUUGAACAUAUGACGGGUUCGUUCGGCGACGGUUUUCAUUGUAGAUUGCCAGUCUACAUCUGGCUGAAUUGAAGCCAUUUUGGGAUUUAUAAUGAUAGAAUGAUUAAAUUGAUAGAGUAAAAAUGUUACAUGUAUGUAUAGUGAUAUGUUUGGAAUCACGUGAACUAGAGUCCCGGAUCAGACGAGGAUGAGAGUCACGUGAUCUUAGCUAGCUGUUUCUUAAUGCUUCCCCAACACUCGUGUAUUCUAUCAUGUCGGAACACUCAUCAACCUUUUAUUUUGUUAAUCUAGAGCUCGAAAUGUGCGCUGUGACAAUGCGUGACUGCGAACUCUCAUUAACUCUUAUCCCUGUUUGACCACGGGGCUUACAUAUUAUUAAAUUGAAAAUAAUAUAUUAGUAAUAUAUAAAGCACGAGCAGCUGAUCUCUAGCUGAUUUACAAGUCAAAUACAGAUCAAAUGCAAAUGCUUUAUAUUGCUUAAAAUACGAAUGCAUCUAAGAAGUACUAAUUUUACCAACUAUUUUGGCAAUAUGCUUCUUUUUAGUCAAGAGAAUCGAAGCUAAAUUUUAUGUAAAGCUGGAUUUCCACUUACAAGAAAAAUUUCGCUGUCGAAAUUUUUCGCUCAAUUUCUUUUGAAUUGUGAGCGACCAAGUAGAACUGAUUUAUUCGGAUGGUCACAAUUCAAGAGAAAUCAAGCGAAAUAUUUCGACGUCCAAAUACUAUUUCUCUGUAAGUGGAAAUCCCCUAAAUCAGGGCUAAAGCCGGUUACAGACGAGCAAGUACGCAUUGUUAUCGGAGGACAUUUCAAGCUCUAGAUUAACAAAAUAAAAAUUUGAUAAGUGUUCCAACCAGGCGCACACUAGUGCAAGUUGCACGCGUGCGCUUGUCAUUCGUGACCAAUUACGUGCGACAAAAAUCCUAGUGUGCGGGAAAAUAUUCAGGAUUUUUGUCACUCGUCUCGUGAAAAAUAAAUAUCAAACAUGUUUGAUAUUUUCUGUUAUUCAUGAUAAAAAUUCCUAGUGUGCGGCAAACAGCUCAUCGCAACUUUUCGCAGCAAAGAAUAUAUAAUUUUAUAUAAUUUUAUCUUUCGCAGAGCUAUUAGUCGUUUUGAUGAAUUAUCAGUCCUCAACUUAUGUAUGUGUCGUCAAAUAAACAAGAGAGGCCUUAGAUCUAUAGCACUUGGAUGCCAAAGGUAAUGUACUCAAAUUCAAAGCCGUGUACAUUCAGGCCUGUUUUCCACUCAUUGCCAAAAUAGACCCACAAGCUCUCUGCAUGCGAGUUCUUGCAUCAAAUGAAAAUAAACUGUCGAGGAUUGUGAUCGGAUGAAAGCACUCGCAGGGAGCUUACGAGUUGACUCUGGCGAUGAGUGGAAAAGAGCCUUAAUUAACAAUGUUUCAAUCAGCUAUUCCCACAUGUCACAUGAUCAGUCGGCGCUGGUACACACGUAAAAACACUGUUGCAACAAACCUGCAGCAGACUUGUAGCAUAGCUUGUAGCAAUGCUGUUCCAACAACUUGUCAACAGGAUGUGUUUGCACUGCUUGUUCCCAGCCCGUUCACAAGUUGUCAACUGCUUGUUGACAACUUGCUACAAGGCUGUUGAGCUAAACAGACUUAUUGUAGUCCUGCAAUUCAACAAUUUGUCAACAAGUUGUGAGUGACAACCUUGUAGCAACUUGAUAAAAUAACAGCGUUGUUACAACUUGUUGACAAGCUUGCUACAACCUUGUUGCGAACACUGUUGUUGACAAGCUUGCUACAACCUUGUUGCGGACACUGUUGUUGACAAGCUUGCUACAACCUUGUUGCGGACACUGUUGUUGACAAGCUUGCUACCACCUUGUUGCGAACACUGUUGUUGACAAGCUUGCUACAACCUUGUUGCGGACACUGUUGUUGACAAGCUUGCUACAACCUUGUUGCGAACACUGUUGUUGACAAGCUUGCUACAACCUUGUUGCGAACACUGUUGUUGACAAGCUUGCUACAACCCUGUUGCGGACACUGUUGUUGACAAGCUUGCUACAACCUUGUUGCGGACACUGUUGUUGACAAGCUUGCUACAACCCUGUUGCGAACACUGUUGUUGACAAGCUUGCUACAACCCUGUUGCGAACACUGUUGUUGACAAGCUUGCUACAACCUUGUUGCGAACACUGUUGUUGACAAGCUUGCUACAACCCUGUUGCGAACACUGUUGUUGACAAGCUUGCUACAACCUUGUUGCGAACACUGUUGUUGACAAGUUGUGAGAUUUUACGUGUGUGCGUCGAACCAGAGAUCCUUGAGUCGAUUCCCGGUUGGGAGUUUCAGCAAUUUUUCAGUAAGUAUUGAAAUACAGGCUGGAAUACCUUAGCUUUUUGGAUUGGAAAAUGAUCGCGUAUAUUUUAUUUUACUUUCUAGAAUAACAGAACUUAAUCUCGGUUGGACGAAUAUGACUCCUGAAUCAAUAGCAACGGUACGAUAAAGUAGGAUAUUUCUUUUUCAAUGUUUGGUAACCUUUUACAUUUGAGCAAAUUAAGGUGACUCGAUACAGUUUUCAAAUCAUUCAAGCGUACAACCAACCUCGUUCCCAGGCUCUUCUUGGCGUACAACAUGCAGUGUGACAUUUUUAAACUUCGUGCAUAAUUUUACUUCGAAAAUAGACUAACAAUACGCAAAAUAUUAAAAUUCUGUAAUGCCAUUUAAAAACGCAAAAUUGUCAUUUACUUCGAUAACAUUUUUUGGCAUUACAGAGUUUAAGGCCCUGUUUACACUAUACCGGAUUCGCUGGUCACGACAUCUUCUUUUGCCGUUACGGAGCAAUGGUUAGUAGCAAAUGCUUAUUAGUUGGACAUAAUUGGCAUGUUUAUUUGGGUCUCUGAGAUUAAAAAUCUUCACAACCUUUCGAUACCUACAAAAUUUGACCCACUCCGAUAGCAAUCCUUUAUAGUGUAAACGGAGCCUAAUUUGAACAUAUAUAUAUAGGUGACCGGGAAAAUGAUGAGAUGUAGCUCAUUGUUUUCAAAAAUUGGAUUUUUUAAUGACGUCAGCAAUUACUACAAUUUGCGAGCUACAGUGAAGCGUGCAUUUAUAACUACGUUUCAAAACGUUUCUUCAGCAUGAGUUUGUCAAUCAGAACUUUUUGUUCUGCCAUAAUAACUUUUGUGGGCAGUGGGCGUGGUGUCAAGCACAUUGUUUUGCACACGAGAAUGUCUUCUUAUUUUUCACACGGACGCGUUUAUACUGGCAAAAUCAGGGCGCUUAUAUAUAAGCGCCCUGGACAAAAUUGCUAUAUAUAAAGCGAAAUGAGUUUUGACGCCGAAAUUCAGAGUUUCGCGUGCAAAACAAUAUGUUUAUAUACCACGCCCACAGAAGUUAUUAUGUCAAAACAAAAUGUUUUAGGAGUAAAACAAAAAGUUUUGAAUGACAAACUCAUGCUGAAGAAACGUUUUAAAACCUAGUUAUAAAUGCACUCUUCACGGUCGUAAUAUUCAACACGCUAAAACAGCACGCACAAUGGCCCGAGAUGGCGUGAGCAACUCACUACAUCAGGUCAUUUUCUUCUUUUUUGGGUAAUUCAUAUUCCCACGGAAACAAAUGAUCACGCGCGUUUAUUGACAUACUAAAACUGUCUGUAUCAGUGUAGGUAGUACCACUGUGAAAAUGCUGUGCUGAGUGGUUAUAUUACUACCUUAAAAAAUAGGUUUCUGCUUAUUUUUUAAGGUAGUAAUAUAACCACUCAGCACAGCAUUAUUGACAUACAGUAGCAUAAAGUUUUGUUUUCGUGAUUCUUGUGAGAAUUACCAUAUCGAGCCACCUUAAAUUGAAAAUGACCUCUACAAUGUUUCAGGUUCCUAGACUCUAAUCUUACUGUUAUAUUUACCAGGUGGUGAAAAGUUUCCCUCUGUUAAUUAAACUAAAUUUGAGUGGAUGUCGAGAAACAUUGCGCGAUGAAGGUAAGAAAGCAGGAAGUUGUUCUGAACUGUUAUCCCUAAAUUUGAAAGAU